CGCUACUACUGCCUUCCCACCUUUUUGAACCAUACCUUCGCAUCCAGGCUUGUACCAUGGCCACCGGUCAACACUCUAUUUGUUCAUCGACAUCACCUCGUUUUACCACACCUCAAGACUACGAGUGGGAAGACCUUGGGGAAGGGAUCUUCAUCGCCCGGCAGGUGGCUCCCUCUUCUUUGCCAACGCAGGAUCGUAGGGAGACGAAGCAACGAGAAAACGGAUCUGCAUUGGACUCAUCCAGUGCUCAGCAUACUCCGCUACCGACGGACGCGGAGAGAGAACGGCCAGGACGACAGCGGUGCAAGACGACCCGGCACACCUCUCGCGGGACCAAUGUCGAGCCCGACGCGUGGGACAUCCGCACUCCGGAGACGAUGUCCGUCCCAAAGACCGCUGGCAGACGUAGGCGUAGCGCACAUGGACAUCUGGCUGCAUCACCCGGCGAUGCGCCUCCCGCGAAGCGCACGAGGAGGGGCAGAGAAGGUGCUGUCGAACGCACUCCCGGUACUCGCUCUGGCACGAUCGCGGCUACCACCUUUGUUAGCCAACUCCCAGGGAGUCGUACCAGCGCUCAAAGCGCGCCCCGCACGCUCACAGCGAACGUGAAACGGAGGGUGCGUACCCAACCUGGUGCCGCCCUCACUGGGGUUAGAUCCCAAACGGUGGCCCCGGAGGCCCUAGCUUUGAGCCCCUCACCGUCACGGCUGGAUGCGUCUAACACGGGACGCGUUACUGGCAACAACGAGCGCGCGAUACCCCGUCGCAAACGAUUGAUACCCGGCAGUGCCCCCGAAGUGCACACAUCCAGCCCGGUACCGAACUCGUUGGCUCUUCCGCCUACAAUCACGGUGACCGAAUUCGAGGCACCAAGAUCGCCGCCGAGCAUGGGAGAUGUACUAGAUGGUGCCACGCCACUCCGUCGGCCACCAAUCUUACCGGCCACGGACAGCAGUGUGGCAUCCCUAUUCCCAAACCCGUCAAAGCGAAGUAGCAAGCUCGCUCCUACCGAUAGCUUCAACUCCCUGUUCAGCGAGGCUCCGAGCUCGGUGGACUGA